GACGUGUUCGAGAUGCGCUUCGCCAAGAUGCCGGACGAGCCCGAGGAGCCCGUCGUCCUUCCCGCCUCCUCGCCCGCCGUGGUGCCGCCCCCCACCAAGGUGGCCCCGCCCUCGUCCAGCGACAGCAGCAGCGACAGCUCCUCCGACAGCGACAGCUCCUCCGACGACUCCGAGGAGGAGCGGGCGCAGCGCUUGGCCGAGCUGCAGGAGCAGCUCAAGGCCGUGCACGAGCAGCUGGCGGCCCUGUCCCAGCCCCAGCAGAACAAACCAAAGAAAAAGGAGAAGGACAAGAAGGAGAAGAAGAAGGAGAAGCACAAAAAGAAGGAGGAGCUGGAAGAGGCCAAGAAAAGCAAAGCCAAGGAGCCGCAGCCCAAGAAGGCCAAGAAGAGCAACAGCAACAGCAGCACCUCCAGGUGA